CUGGUCAUCAAAUAAACAACUGCUUUCUUGGGUUCAAGUGGUGACUUUGACAUGUUCAAAAUUUGCUAUGAAUAAGCUUGAUGCUUCGACCUUGUAAAUUCAUUGUCUGAUUAAACAUCAAGUUAUACUUCUCUAUUACUGAUCUGAAGAAGUUACCUUCUGGAUAUAUGGUUAAGCUAGCUAGUCCUAGAGGGGAUCAGAUGUUUGAGAUGCAUGUUUAGGCUUGGGAAAUAAAAUGUGUCUUGUCACCAUGAUUAUCCAUACCUGAACAUAUUGUGAUGAGUGGAUUACUCCAUGUCAGGGGCUACUGGAGGUGCGAUGGAUGCUGGGAAUUUGUUGAAACCCAUGCUUGGCCGUGGAGAACUAAGAUGCAUCGGGGCCACCACUCUGAAUGAGUACAGGAAAUACAUUGAGAAGGACCCUGCUUUGGAACGUAGAUUUCAACAAGUAUUUUGUGGACAACCAUCUGUGGAAGAUACAAUUUCCAUUUUGCAUGGGGUGAAAAUAUCAGACAAUGCUCUUGUAUCAGCAGCAAUUCUUUCGGAUAGAUACAUCACAGAGCGCUUUCUACCAGACAAAGCCAUUGACCUUGUUGAUGAAGCUGCUGCAAAGCUGAAAAUGGAGAUAACAUCAAAGCCUACUGAGUUGGAUGAGGUGGAUCGGGCAGUGCUUAAGUUGGAGAUGGAAAAGCUCUCUCUUAAAAAUGACACAGCCCCAUCUUCAAAAGAGCGCUUGAUGAAGCUGGAACAUGAUUUGGUGGCUCUAAAACAAAAGCAAGGGGAGUUAAACAAACAGUGGGAAAAUGAGAAAAUUCUUAUGAACCGAGUUCGGUCAAUUAAAGAAGAGAUUGACAGAGUUAACCUAGAGAUGGAAGCUGCUGAGCGCGAAUACAACCUGAAUCGUGCUGCUGAACUCAAGUAUGGCACAUUGAUGGCACUCCAGCGCCAGCUUGAAGAGGCUGAGAAAAACAUUGCUGAUUAUCGGAUAUCUGGAAAGUCACUACUAAGGGAGGAAGUUACAGAUCUCGACAUUGCUGAGAUAGUAAGUAGAUGGACAGGCAUACCACUAUCUAACCUCCAGCAGACUGAGAGAGAGAAGCUCGUCUUGCUAGAGGAGGUUCUCCACAGAAGGGUUGUUGGGCAGGACAUGGCUGUGAGAUCUGUAGCUGAUGCAAUACGACGUUCCAGGGCAGGGCUUUCUGACCCAAAUCGGUGUUGGUAAAACUGAACUAGCAAAAACUCUUGCUGGGUAUCUUUUCAACACGGAGAAUGCGCUUGUACGAAUUGAUAUGAGUGAAUACAUGGAAAAGCAUGCAGUUUCGCGGCUGGUUGGUGCACCACCUGGCUAUGUUGGAUAUGAAGAGGGCGGACAGUUAACAGAAGUGGUCCGGCGAAGGCCAUAUUCGGUGGUGUUGUUUGAUGAACUUGAGAAGGCGCAUCAUGAUGUUUUCAACAUCCUGUUGCAGCAGCUCUUGGAUGACGGAAGAAUAACUGAUUCUCAAGGACGGACUGUCAGUUUCACUAAUUCAGUUCUAAUCAUGACAUCAAACAUUGGAUCUCAUUACAUCCUUGAAACUCUUAGAAACACAGAGGAUAGCAAGGAUGCAGUAUAUGAUGUGAUGAAAAGACAGGUGGUUGAAUUAGCAAGACAAAUUUUCCGGCCAGAGUUCAUGAACCGGAUUGAUGAAUACAUUGUUUUCCAGCCUCUGGAUUCGAAACAAAUCAGUAAAAUUGUUGAAAUUCAGCUGGAUCGUGUGAGAGACAGACUGAAACAGAGGAGGUUAGGGUUGAAAACUCGCAACCCGAAAAAAUCUCCAACCCGAUUAGCCCGUACCCGACUAACCCGGAACCCGAUAGGACUAGCCCGAAAACCCGAUAGGCUGGCCCGGUGGGCUGACGGAAUUGUGACUGAUGCAUCCAGUUACAACUUCUGCUAUGUUUAGAUCUAUUGUAUUUGCUUAAAUAUAUAUAUGUAGCCUCAUUAAAAAAAGUGAAAUUAAUUAGUUAGAAUA